AUGGCAUCCGUGAUUAGUUACAGUGGUCACCAAUACCUCAGACAGCGUCUGGUACUGUCUAUCCUCAGUGGGAAGCCGGUUCGCAUAGACAAGAUCAGAUCAGAGCACGAAAAUCCUGGUUUAACAGAUUAUGAGGUCAGCCUCUUACGACUACUGGAAAAGGUGACAAAUGGAACCGUCAUAGAGAUUUCUGUGACCGGUACCGCUGUUCUGCUGAAACCUGGAGUUAUAACCGGCGGCUCUGUCACCCAUGACUGUCCACUAUCACGCGCGAUAGGAUACUUUCUAGAACCUUUGGUCAUGCUAGGACCUUUCUCCAAGAAGCCAUUCCACCUCACUUUGCGAGGCAUCACUACGGACCAGGAUGACCUCUCCGCGGACCUAAUACGCACCGUCACUCUACCGCAUCUGCAACUAUUUGGUAUUUCGGAGGGUCUUGAAUUGCGGAUAAAGAGGCGCGGAGCGCCUCCCGGUGGAGGUGGAGAAGUGCAGUUUCUCUGCCCGGUAGUUAAACAAGUUAAAACCUUGAACUUCGUCGAACCAGGAAAAAUCAAGAGGAUACGAGGAAUAGCCCACGCUGUGCGCGUAAGCCCACAGUUCUCCAAUCGUAUGAUCGAUGCUGCCCGUCUUACGACCUCUGCGGUACACUGCGCUGAGGCUGUUUCGCAGCCAGGUGGGACUCCCGAAGACGUUGCACUUCUUGCAAGCCGUGCUCUUCUAUCAGAGAUACGACAAGGGGGAUGUGUACUGUUGAUGAUGGUACUUGGAAGUGAAGAUGUUGGACGCUGCAGGAUGGGCGAGCCAACAGUGCGAACAGUUCAAUUUCUUCGAGAUAUCAGGGACUUCUUUGGAACGUCCUUCAAAAUUACCCGUCAGUGUACGGAACUGAUGUAUUCCUGCUACGGGACUGGCUAUGUCAACGUCAACCGAACGCUCGCUUAG